GCGAGCAGGGGCGCGGGGUGGCUGCAGCGGUGCGGGAGCUCCGGGUGGCGGUGGCGCCCGACGGCAGCGGGGCGCGAUGCCCGCCUGGGGCCGCCGGCGUCGCGGCUGACGGGGCAAGCGGGAGCGCUGCCAUGAGCGGAGCCCGGGGCCUCGGCUAGGGAGCUCUGCCGUCCUUCAAUAAACACUGCGCUGAAUGUCUCUUGUCCCUUGCAGCACGCUGCCAGCUGGCUUUGGAAGGGGAUUCCCACUCCUUCCCCCCGCGGAGGGCUGUAGGACAGUGCGGUGGCAGAGGAGAGAGGGGCACAGCUGGAAGCGAGCUGUCCGGAGCCUUGCUCCCCUCACCCCCGCCGCCGUGUACCUGGGGGUGCUGGAUGCAAGCUUUGCGGAGCUCCUCCAAGCGUAGCAGCAGCGGCUCGGCAGAUGUAGAUGCGUGCGUGUGUGUAUGCUUAACCCUUUCUUUGCUCCUCGGAUUUGUACCAUGCUGAAGAUCCUCACCAAAAAGCUCAGGAACCAGAGUUUGAACGAAAUUCAACCUUUCCAGCUAAAGACCCAGUAUAACCUCCUUCCUGCUGCGGGCUGGUCUGUUUGGACAUUGACCUGGCCUCCAUGUGUACCUCAGUAUAUACAUCAGACUGAAUUGUUCAGUUGUAGGACAGGCAUUUUGAGGCUGGGGCAUCUCAGGAGCUGGCUGAGGCCGAGGGAGCAGAUCUUACAUGAUCUCCUACCCCCCAAGUGAUGAGGACAGCGAUGACUCUGAGGGAGAGAACCAGGAACUUGCUCAGAUCGACAGAGAGAGAAGACGGAAUUGUACCUUGACCCCUCUGGCCACCAACCAGCUCCAGAACCAGGAGAACCAAUGCUGCAAGGUUCGGGCCCUCUUCCAUGCCAGCCUUGACCGCCACAGCUCAGAAGAAGAGCUGGAGCGUAUCAACCGAGAGUUCGCCGCUGAGAAGCGAAAGUGGUCCCAGGUUAGCAGGCUUGCCUGCUGCAACGACAGCAACAACACCUCCUCCAGUGACGAAGAAGUGAAGAACUUGUGUGCUAUGUCCUUCCGGCCUGUGACAGAGCAGGCCGAUGGCCUGCACGCCAGCCCAAGCCCCGUGCUGUUCAGUGCCUCCCCUCCCAAGAGACUCCAGCCCCUGGUGCGGAGCCCAGCCUCCAGACCUUUAAUCUUCACAAGCGUUGGGGCGGGCCUUGAGCAAGUCAUGCCUUGUAAGAGACAUCGGCAAGGAUACGGGGAUAAGGUCAGCAGGCCCAGCCUUGACCUGGAAAAAAUGCAGCAGAAGAUGCUGCUCAAGAAGAAUUGUGGAGCGAAGACUAGAGUUAUUAAAAUUCGUAGCAUCAACGGAGGCCGCCCGCCACCCCACUUUGUGUAUGAUCCAUCCACCUUUGCCUUCCGUUCCCUCAGCACCUUGAAGCCGCUGAGCCCAAUAGCUCCAGUGGAAGAACCGUCAUGUGCCUACUGAAGGAGUUUCUCCAAAAACCUCAGGAACUAUCAACCAACCACCUGCCUGGCAGGGAGAAGGGGAGGUGGUGAUACCCAAGGGGAUGGGUGGGAGAAGGGGACAAUGACACAUCGUUGCAAUACAGCGUCUCUGGUAGCAGGAAGCAUUCAGCUUUGCAGCAGUGCCUGUUUUCAUACCGUUACCGUAUCUGAAUAGUGGCAAAGAGAGAGAUGUUUGUCUUUCAGGGCAAAACAAACCAUUCAGGUCCACAAACUGCAAGGGUAGCUGCCAAGGCAGCGUCAAACGCGUGGAUGGUGGUACUUGAAGAUAUCCCUGAGGAGUUCAGGGGCUACUAUGGCCUACGUGGCAGCAGGGAUGAGCGAUCAGGGUGUGAAACCAAGUUGAGCUAGUUUCCCAAGAGUACCUGGGUCUGCAGUGUUUUGCUAUAGACCUGACCCUUCUCCCACUCAGAAGUGAGUUCAAAGUUGGAGACAGAGGCUUUAAAGGGCUGCCUGCAAAGCAAGGAGAUCCAUCUCUGAGAUUGUUAUAAUUGCAUUCACUUCAAGCUCUCUUGAGUGGCAGACCCUAGGGGAGGGAGGUGGGAGGGGGUAACUGGCACAUCUAGCUGCGCAUUCCAGCUGGUCUGCUGGCAACUCAGUGAUAUUGUCUAAAAUGGGAUUGAAAUGGGAGGCAUGAGCCACCCACUUGCAGAUCGGAGGUUAGAAUAAAAUUUUAGAAUGGAAGGUCUGUGUUCAGCCAUCCAAGAAAAUGCAGUGCCCACCCUCAGUCCUCUCAGCAUCAUCAGAGAGAACAACUUGGGAGUGACUGUGUGCUCUUGGGUCUCCUCUCUGCUGAGGCUGUAUGUGUUCUGGGAUAUGCAGCACUUCUCCAUAGCAUUGUCCCAAUACUCAGCUGCCCUAACAUGAUGCUGAAGGUAACUGGCAUCACCAAACUCAACCAAAUCUAAUUUCUCCAGCAAGCUUUCCACUCCCCUGUUAUGCUGGGUAUUAAAUUCAGGUAGAUCUCCCCUUGUACCAGUGGAACAAGUAUUCCUGGAUGUAGCAUUGAGUGAGAGAAAGAAGUCUCUGUUUUGUGGCCACCUGUUGGUGGAAGAAGUGGGAGGGGAGUUUGGCUGAAGCUGUGGGACAUUUCUCCGUAAACAGUUCUAAGGCAGUUAGGACAAUGCCAGGCCUUGCUACCACUGGAGUUUGACUGGGACCUGGCCUUGAGGCACAUAUGUGUCUUGUGCCACAAGGCAACAACUAAUAGAACAAGCUGUCACCUCUCUUGGUGAGGCAGAGGAACGAGGCAUUUGCCCUUGCUGCACCUGGUGGAGAGAGUAACCUCUUUGUCUAGGUGUUUCCCACCUUUAGCCUGUAUCUGGCUGGGUGCAAGGGUGGACAAGUAAUUUACUUCUUGUCUGGAUCAAGAUGAGCAACCGUGAGUAAUAUGAAGUCGUCGUUUUUAAAUCUGCUCCAGUGUGGGGGUCUUUGAUGCCACUCCUUGGAUGAGACCAAUGGUUAGUCCAGCUGCCAGCAUGAGGCCACACAGUGAACCAGCAUUCACUGGUGCUUUCUGGACCCUUCAUUGAGACCCCUGGGGAAAGGCUAAAGGCUGUCUAGGCCUAAGGACUUGAAUCCUCUGCCUUCUUCCCUCCCCUACCUCCUCUCACUCAGGCAGGCAGAGCAGCUGGGCAAGGCGGUGAGAGGACAUCUGUCCUGAUGCUGCCCCAGCUCUGCCUGCUUUUUGGCUCCAGACUGUCACAGCUGGGCCACGCCCUGCACCAGCACCACCUCCAAGGGGUUGCUUGGUUUUGCUGGCAAGGUGCCUCUGGCAGAGCAUCAUGGUUCCCUGCAAGAAGUCCUGUCUUCUAACAGAGGCUGAUCCCUCUGCUGAUUCCUCUUGCCCCUAUAGAGACUCUGCUUAUCUUGUUUUGAUGGCACACCUCAGCUUUUUAACUGCAGCCAGAUCAAGCUGACCAGUGCAGGACAGGAAGCAUUGCUCCUUUGUACCAAACCCCUGUGCCCAGGAGAAGGGACAGCUGUAGCCUGGUACCUGUCUCAAGAGGCACGGUCCCCAUGCAGAUGGCUGGGGCGGCAGCCCUGCGUGGCCCCGCACCCCCAGGCUUUUCUCAGUGAGAGCUGCCGAGGUGCUCGGCCCCGGAGAUGUGUUUUCUGCCUUUCCCAGGGUGGGAGCAGGGAACAGGGAUGUCCUGCCAAUAUCGUUACCUUUUAGUACUUUUGUAUCUCUUCUCUGUCUUUUCUUUUUCAAUCAGAAGGAAAAAUAAAAAACCAAACAAUGAAAUAAAGUGUAACAGCUGCUAUAUUCACACCUCUG